UUGAUGGUGAAUGGGCUGAUUGGUCGGCGUGGACUACCUGCUCAGCGUCUUGUUCGAAUGGAGGAACAGCAAGUGGUACCAAAACUAGAACACGCACAUGCACAGACCCGGAACCAAAAUAUGACGGGAAACAGUGUUCCGGAAAUAGUGCAGAGACAAUAGCGUGCUCAAGCACCACACCUUGUCCAAUUGAUGGUAACUGGGGAUCAUGGGGAAGCUACGGAAGUUGUUCCGUCACGUGCGCUACCGGAAGUAAACAGAGAAGCAGAUCGUGCAAUAAUCCAUCACCACAGCACAAUGGCGCGGAUUGUGCGGGUUCGAGCACAAGUUCCACAAGCUGUAGUGCAGGAGUAUCCUGUCCUACUGACGGCGGGUUCACAAACUGGGCAUCGUGGGGCUCAUGCUCAGUUACUUGUGGUGGAGGAACUUCACAGAGGAGCAGAUCUUGCACAAAUCCUGCACCAGCCCAUAACGGCGCAGACUGUGUAGGGGACACAACUCAGAGCAAGAGCUGUAAUACUCAGGCAUGCCCCAGUCAGUAUAAUUCUAUGAUUGUUUCCCUUCUACCAUUCCGUCUAAAGUCAAGUACCGAAAUUUGGCGUGACAAAGAGGAGCUGGGUAGUCCUUUCUGGGAUGUUGUGGUUCUGACGGCAGCUGAUGAAGCUCAGAAAAAUGUGUACGAGAAACAGCUAGAAUACAAGUACCAAAGACAUGAACUACCACUUGAAGUAGAAAUUCUCGUAGUAGCUGAUCCUACUGGCCCCAAAAUUGGAAAUGGAGGAUCAACUAUUGUAUCACUUGAGGCACUGUAUGAGAAGUUUGGUGAGAAACUGUUUGAGUACAGAGUGUUGCUCAUUCAUGCUGGAGGCCAGAGUCAAAGAAUGCCCAGUGCAAGUGUACUUGGGAAAAUUUUCUCCCCAAUACCAAGAGGAAAUCCAAUUUACCAAAUGCUGGACAUCAAAUUGGCUAUGUUUUGUCCACUCAUCGUGAAAAUGCCCAAAGGAGUGUUUGUAACAUGUGCAGAUGAUUUUCUAGUGUAUAAUUUAGGGGAAAAACAUGAUGAUAUCAAGUUUUCAGAGACUGGAUUUACAGCUCUAGCCCACCCAUCAAGCCUUGCUGUUGGUACGGGUCAUGGUGUGUAUGUUAUUCAAGACAGUAAGAAAGUCAAUCCAAAUGUCCCACUUCAGGUGUGUGAGUGCCUUGAAGUUUUACAGAAACCAAGCGAGGUUGUGAUGUAUAAGAAAGGAGCUGUGCUCAGGUCAAACAAUCUCAAAUUUGCCAACGGAAUUCAUGUUGAAGGUAAAGCUGCCUAUACAGACAGUUCAUUUUUCUUUGCCCAUGACGUCAGCAAGAAGUUACUUGCAUUUGCAGAAGAGAAUGGACCCCUGUCCUGUGAAAUUGAUGCUUACGGAGAUUUUCUACAAGCGUUAGGUCCUAGAGCAACUUCUGAUUAUAUCAACAAUACCUCAAAUGUAAGCACAGUAACACCGGGUCUGUAUGAAACACGGAAAAAAGUAUUCAAUCUUCUAAACAAGUCGAAUAUAACUCUCCUAGUUAUGAAUUGUUCCAAGUUUAUACACAUUGGCACAACAAAGGAGUACAUUGAAUACUUCUGCUGUGAUGAUACAUUUCAAGCAGAGAUGGGGCUUGAAAAAGAUGUUUUCAACUUGUGGACCAAGAAUGGCGGUCAGAAUCCACCAGCUCUCAGAUCUGGAUCAGGUGACACUUCCGACCAGCCAACACCACCUAAGUGCUUGAAGCUUUCAGAUACGAGCCUUGGUUGUGUGAUGCACAGCUACCUCCCAACAGAAUCUUGUGUAUCAGCUACAGCAGUCAUUGAGUUUUGCUCUUUCAGUGUUCCAGUUAAAGUUGGACAGUGUUGUAUUCUUAGCAAUUGUGAGUUUAAAGCAGAUAUCAGGGUCAAAGAUUUAGAAGGAAAAACUCCUUUCUUAGUAGAAUACAUGAAUACUGUGCAGACACUAGAGUUCCCAAAUAAUCUCUUUUUGCAUACAGUUCCAAUCAGAGAAGAGGGCCAGACUAAAUUUGUGACUGUCUUCUUUGAUAUAAAAGAUAAUUUGAAGAAAGAAGCACCUGCAGGUGAUGUCAAGCGACUGCCAUUCCUAGGAAAACUUGUGGAAGAUUAUACAGCUGUGACUGGUACAGAUCUUGCAUUAGUGGCUCCUGACAACGUUGACACUAAAGUUAAUCUCUGGUACACGAAUCUGUUCCCUGUAACAGAUGAUGCUAGUGAAUCUCUUCUUUUGGCAUUAAAAUGUGUGAAUGCAGCAAAAACUGAUAAAACUGGAGCAAUAACCUUGACCUCAGUUAGAUUGGUUUCCAUGGCAACAGUACUAAAGGAAAAAGAUUUAGAGGCAAUGCUUAAUAGGAGGAAUGUACUGUACAAUACCAUCAAAUGUGAUAGAAAUGUUAGUCCUCAAUAUUGAUAAAAAAAUGUGAUUUAUGAUAUUUUGUUACAAUGCAAACCAUGGUUUGAUGCAUGUAUUGUGGUAAAAAAGAAACAGCUGAUAGUUUAUACUACAUAUAUUAUACCCGAUUUGUCACUAGUUAGCUGCCAAUGUAAAGUUCAGUGUAUUCUUAAUGUCUUCAUUUCUGUUCAAUAAUUGGUCUAUUUUUAGCAAAAAAAUAUACCGGUUUACUGUCAGUGCACCAACACCAUUUUACAUUUUACCAUUCGAGACCAUUUCAUGAAUUUGCUGGCUCUGCAUAUCUAAUAGAGUGGGAUUAGUUGAUUGUUUUUUUGUUUUUUUUUUGAAAAAAUUCAUUUAACUUCUGAAAAGGGCAGAUUGUUUUUUGUCUAUUUUUUUCAGUGUAGUAAAACAAAUGGCACAUUGUCUUUCAACAGACAGUAAUAUUGUCGGUAAUUGGAGAAAUAGUGUCAGCUUCAGCUCCAGCCUGGGUGACAAUAUUGUUCUUACGUUGACAGUAUUUACUGUUCCAAGAAAAGCAGUUUUAUUAUAUCAAACAACCAAGGCUUUCAUGUGGUUUAUUGACUGAUUUACCACAGUUCAGAGUCCAAAAUCUAAUAUAUAGCAAUUGAACCACAGAGAUUUUAAAUGUACUAGUAUAUGCAUCUUAACAAUGAACUUUAGGUAGUUCUGCACGUUUGAUAAACCAGAAGUGAUGGCGUAAUGUCAUUUUUCCAGGAAACAUAGAAUAAAGCCUGGAUUUGGGGUACAGAAAUGAAAAUCAUUUUAUGAAUUAAUGGCAAUCCGUGAGUAAAUUGAUUACAAUGGUACUGUUACUAUAUUUCUAAAAUUAAUGUAUGAUAUUAAAACAUCUGAGGCGUUAAAUGAUUAAAAAUAAUGUCUUAAAUUAUCUUGAAAUGUAUGGUUCACUUAAGUUUGGUCAAAUAGCUCAAAAAUAAGCACACAGACCUAUUUUACCAUAUUAUCGACCAUAUAUUUAAUUACGUUGAUGAGAAGUUUCAUUAAAAUCUACAUUCUAGAAAAAUUUAUAUUCACGAAAAUGUUAUGAAAGUUGUGAUUUUCCGAUAGACUCCCAUUAUGAGAAAAUGCGUGAGGUCCAAAUUUUUCAAAUCAGUCUAGCAAAAAAUCAAGCACACGACCCUAUCAUUUUUAUUUGCUGAAUUUUCUAAGUAUAUUCUGAAAUUUUGAAAAAUCAGGGUUAAAUCAAAUUCUGCAUUGUAGAAAAUUCUUUGAUCCAAACGUGCAGAACGUCUCUCUCUGUGUUUAAAUGACAAUCAAGUACACUCAUGUUAGAAUCAUAUACUACUGUACCAAUAAAACAAUUCAUCUUUGCAGAAAUGUUUUUAACAACUGUUCUAACUGUACAGUUUUGUUUUUGUUGAAACAUUUUAUAUCUGUGUCAAAUAUUAACAUAAUAAUUAUUUCAGUGAAAAUUGAACACAAGAUUGAAUGAUCAUACAUUUUGAAUAAAACGUAAAAAUGAUAGUAAUCGGAAUAAAAUUCAUUAAACUACAACAGUUACAAUAAGAUUACACUAACAUGAAAAGUCAUGUAAUGAGUGCGUCAUUGUGCUGGCACCUGUGCAGUAAUUAGUGUCUUCUGAAAUAUUAAAUAACUUCUUAUGCCUCCGCCAUAAAAUGUGGGGGGGGGGGGGGCAGUGCAUAUAGUGUUACCCCUGUCCGUGUGUGUUUGUGUGUUUGAGAAAGGGUGGUGUUCAUGUCCGGGCCAUAACUUUGACAUGCAUGGUCCGAUAUCAGAAUAGUUUGACACAUAUGAUAAGCAUGGAUAGAUGAUGUGUCUUGCGCAAAACCAUUUCACUAGCUCAAAGGUCAAGGUCACAGUCCUUGGUUGAACAUAGCCAAUUUUCACUACAUGUAUACUCAUAAUGUGGUCUUUGUGUCCGGUCCAUAACUUUGACAUGCAUGGUCCGCUUUCAAAAUAAUUUGACACAAAUGAUAAGCAUGGAUAGAUGAUGUGUCGUACGCAAAAUCAUUUCACUAGCUCAAAGGUCAAGGUCACAGUCCUUGGUUGAACUUAGCUCAAAGGUCAAGGUCACAGUCCUUGGUUGAACUUAGCCAAUUUUCACUACAUAUACAGAAUACUUAAUUUUCUAGUUUUCCUACAAUUUUUUUUUUUGUAAAUAAAUAGGGCCAAGUUUGUAAACAGUACCAUGCCUGUGACCUUUCUCAUGUUGCGGGGGCAUGCGUGUCUAUGACACAUUUCUAGUUUAGCAAUACUUUGCAGUAGAAACGUGUACAUUAUGAUUUACAUCAUUCUGUGUGUUUUAGAUGAACUGCAGUCAUAAGGACCCUCAAUACCGAUGCACUUCCUGUGACUAUUUGAUUGUUUGCAUACACUUUAUUCAUUUAACCUGCCAACUAUUACAUCAGCGUAUUAAUAGUGUGAAAUUAUUAAUAUUCAUGUGGGACUAAUUUUCAUUGAUUUCACGGUUGCAUUAGUCCUAGAAAUUUAAUCCCAACAAACAGUUAUUCACGUCCCAACGAAAUAACCAUUUUUGAAGAAACCACAAAAUUUUAUACCCAUGAAGUAAAAUGAUUCCACAGUAUUCUGUUAGGACAAUUUGACUUGUAGUAUACUGUAAAAGCACAUAUUUUCACUGGGUCAAAAUUUUGCAAUUUUGAAAAUUUGAGUAUGUUCGCGAGGUUUAACAUUCGCGAAAUUGUAAAAAUGGUGUCAUACUUGAAUUUGAAUUACAUGACAUCUAAUCAUAUAUGUAAUACAUUGUGUACUAAUGGUGAAUAUUUACUUGAGGAUUAAUGUUUGCGAGAUAAAGGGCCUCCGGAAUAUAGCGAAAGUUAAACCCUCGCAAAAAUUACUGCUUUUACAGUAUGUAUAAGGAAUAAACUGUAGCUAUUCAGACUGCAAGAAGCCUUUGUACCGGAUUUAUACAAUGAUGCUUAACAUAUGUACUACAGUGUGUGUUAUGAAAUUUUGUCUCCUUGUAAGUUGUUACAGAAUAUUCUAAUCUCCAUUAAUCAGGGAAAUGUUUUGUAUUAGUUUCUUUGUUUUGUGUUAAAAUAUAGAUUGGAAACAAUUUCCCAGUGAUUGUUAAACAUUGUUACACAAUUAUGAUAUAAAGAAUUUAUUUUAUUUA